UCCCACCCACAGGCUGCCUGUGUCUGUUGACUAUAAAUGUGGGGUUGUCCACUCCCCUCAGUCUCCUUUAGCAGAGAGAUCCUCUUUUCUGUUUUCAGUUGUAAUUUGAUUUUCAGCAAUCUCAGCCUACACGCCGGUUUGCACUGAGAGCAGGAAAGAGACUUCAGUGUAUUUUCAGGAAAUCCAUACAUUUGCAGCCAUGGCAGGUGUCAGCGCAUCAAACACCAACUUCGCUCUGGACCUGCUUCGUACUCUGAGCCUAGCCAACCCCGAUGGUAAUGUCUUCAUCUCUCCAUUCAGUAUCAGCUCAGCUCUGGCUAUGGUCUACUUGGGAGCUAAAGAGGAAACUGCGGCUCAGAUGGCAAAGGUGCUGUCAUUUGAUGAAAAUGUCCAUGCAGACUUUGAAACACUUAACGCAGACAUAAACUUACCAUCCUCAUCUUUCACCUUGAAAACAGCCAAUCGUCUGUACGGGGAGAAAACAACUCACUUUUUGCAAGACUUUCUGGCAGCCACACAAAAGCACUACCAGUCUGAUCUGAAGGCUGUAGAUUUCAUGGGAGCCCCAGAGGAUUGCAGACAAGAGAUCAACGGCUGGGUGGAGGAGAAGACCGAGAAUAAGAUCAAAGAGCUUCUCAAGCAGGGAACAGUGACAACAAUGACCAGGCUGGCUCUGGUUAAUGCCAUUUACUUCAAGGGGAACUGGAUGUAUCGCUUUGAUGAAGCAAACACCAAAGAGAUGCCCUUCAGAGUUUCAGUGAAUGAGACAAAGUCAGUCAAGAUGAUGUACCAGAUGAAGAAGCUUCCAUACAACUACAUUCCUGACUAUAAAGUGCAGAUCCUGGAGCUGCCAUACGCAGGAGAGGAACUCAGCAUGUUCAUCCUGCUGCCAGAAGAGGGGACCUCUCUAGGGAAGCUGAGGAACAAUCUGACGCCUGCGACGCUAGAUGAGUGGACCGCAAGGGAAAACAUGGAUCAGGACUCAGACGUCGUCGUUCACCUGCCAAAGUUUAAGCUGGAGGAAUCUUAUGAGCUGAACGAGGCCCUGGGUAAACUGGGCAUGACCGAUGUGUUCUGCGCGGCAAAGGCAGACUUGUCAGGCAUGAACGGUGAAGGAGGACUCUUCCUGUCCACGGUGGUCCACAAAGCAUUUGUGGACGUAAACGAGGAAGGAACAGAAGCCGCUGCAGCAACAGCCGGUAUGGUGUCUUUCUGUAUGGUCAGGGAAGAACACUUUAUGGCCGACCACCCCUUCUUGUUCUUCAUUAGGCACAACAAGACCAAGUCCGUCCUCUUCCUUGGCAGUUUCAGGUCUCCUCAGUAGAUAGCAAUAGGAUAUGCCUACAUUUGUUAACACACCAAGACACUGAUUCAUUUUCUGUGAUGCUAAUUGAAUUCACAGUUGCACUUACUGUAUAUCAUAGAUGAGCUAAAGCUGGGGACUUCGGUUAUGUAAUAAAAUAACUACUGUGACAAACAUAUUGUAACAGCGGUAGAGUGAAACGGAGGCAGCUGUUAUUUUAUUAGAAAGCGGUUUAUUUGUUUACCUGAAAUCAGCAAAACUAGCAGAACCUGACCCGCACUGUCGACUCUAAAAAAAAAAACACGGAACAGAACACUCUGCGCAUGUGCGCUACAGCAUGGUGCGUUCAAGGCACCCAAGAACCGUCAGAAAAAGUAAAAAAUAUAACACAACAUAACCAUUUAUUCCCUAACCGUCACAUUAUUGAUGACAGACCAUAGUGUCAACUGGGUUUACAAUAAAGCUGAGAAUAUCUUAAUGUAA